CUGACCUGUAUGACUCUGUUCGGGCAGGUGUGUGGCUGUGAGGACAGUUCAAACGGCAAGGGAGGCAUGUACAUACCGGUGCCGGGGCCGUCGGGACCUGCAGGCCCCAAGGGCGACGUCGGCAGCCCAGGCCUCUCCAUCGUCGGCGAGCCAGGCCCCCCCGGCCCGCCCGGUCCGGCGGGACGGAGCCAGGUGGGGUCACCCGGCCGGCCCGGCAUCGGUCUGCCAGGACCGGCAGGACCGCCUGGAGAGUCGGGCUACGGCGGCCGCGGCGGGCAGCAGGCGGCCUCGCCCCAGAUCGUUCCCGGCGCCGUCACCUUCCCCAACAAGGAGGCCAUGCUGAAGCGUUCCGAGGUCAGCCCGGUGGGCACGCUGGCGUUCGUGAUGGACGAGGAGGCCCUGCUGGUCCGCGUCAGCGCAGGCUGGCAAUACGUGUCGCUGGGCUCCGUGGUGGAUCAUAAACCGACAGAGCCACCCACCACCACUGCGCAGACGGCUGAGCACAGAUCGCCGCCCCCCUUCGAGUCCGGCAACCUCGUCUCGCAGGUGGACGGCCCCAGGCUGCGUCUGGCGGCGCUGAAUGAGCCUCACCACGGCGACAAGAUGGGCCUGCGGGGCUUCGACUACGAGUGCUACCGGCAGGCCCGCCGCUCCAAUCUCCACAGCACGUUCCGCGCGCUGCUCUCGUCCCGCACGCAGAACCUGGACAGUAUCGUGCGCACCGAGGACCGCACCCUGCCCGUGGUCAACAUUAAGGGUGAUCUCCUAUUUGAGAGCUGGAAGAGCAUAUAUAAGGGAGACGGAGGAGUGUUCGCGCAAAGACCAACGGUCUACAGCUUUGACGGGAAGGACGUGUUACAGGAUGCGUUGUGGCCGCAGAAGAUCGUCUGGCACGGUGCCACCGAGCGCGGUGAGCGCGACCUAGACAAUUACUGCGACGCCUGGCACUCCUCUUCUGCUGACAAGGUCGGCAUGGCCAGCAGUCUGUUCCACAGCCGGCUGCUCGAACAGGAAACUUACGCCUGUAACAACCGCUUCAUCGUGCUCUGCGUCGAGGUGGGCAACAUGCGGCGGCGGCGGCGGCGCAGCGUCGACAGCGACGUGCUGAUGAGCCCCGAGCAGUACGCCGAGCUGCUGCAGCAGCUGGACUCGGAACAAGCCGAGUAGGCGACCCG